AUGUGCGGUCGUUUUGCUUGCGGUUUAGCUCCUGAUAUCGUACGUCGUCUGUCGACUUACAUGCAUUCUCAAACAAAUGAAUCAACCGUACCACCAUUUAUCGACUUAAUGUCGUCAACACGAUCGUUUCGACCAAGUUGGAACAUUUCUCCGACUUCAACUUGUCUCUGUUUGAUUUCAGCGAAGCAUUUAGAUGAACAAGAGGAUUCAUCAACACGAGUCCUCUGCUCGAUGCGUUGGUCGCUUGUUCCACAUUACUACAAAGGCGAUCUGACCGAUCUGAAACUUGUUUUGAACAAUUGUCGAUCGGAAACUAUCGAUGAAAAGCCAAUUUUUAAAAGACCUUUAAGGAAUGGUUAUCGAUGUGUCGUGCUUGCUGAAGGAUUCUUCGAAUGGAAGAAGAAUGUUUCAAAAGUACCUUAUUUUAUUUACCAAUCGGAACCAUUUCUUAAAGAAAGAAACUAUCCAAAUAUUAAUUUGGAUAAAAUCCAACCACAUACAGAUGAGAAGCCACGACUAUUAGCCAUGGCCGGCCUUUUCGACGUCAACGAAAAUCUCGAUUCUGAUCCGUUGUAUUCAUGUACAAUCUGUACAGUCGAUGCUAGUGAAUCCAUGCGAACUAUACAUUCUCGAAUGCCGGUGAUUCUUUCAAGUCAAGAAGAAAUUGACGAAUGGUUGGAUUUUGGUCGAUACAAAACUGAAGAAGUUCUUUCAUUACUUCUUCCACAUGAUGAUAUUCAUAUGUAUCGAGUUACACCAAAUGUCGGUUCGACCAAAACAAAUGACAAGAACAAUAUCCGACCGAUCGAUAUCGAUAAAGAGAAUAAUCAAAAUACACUUGAUUCAUUUGUGAUUAAAAAAGCUCCAAGGAAAUAUUUCGAAAAUCGUGUUUUAAAAGAUGAAACUAAUUUGAAUCUGUCACGUAAACGUUCAUCCAAUCCAACCGAUGAGAACUCAUCUCAAGAAAUUAAACGAUCAUCAAAGCGUUUGAAACAAUAG